UCUUAAACAUUCCAUAUACAACUUGAACAACUUGAACAACUUGCACCAUCUCCUUUCAGAUCGAUACUAUCAACAACACUUCCAACCAAAUACUUAGCCCAACAAAAUAUCAAAAUGCCUUCAGUAAUUGUCUUCGGUGCCUCUGGCUUCGUAGGUGCUCCUUACACAAAAGCCCUCAAGCAGGCCCAUCCAGACUGGUCCAUCACAGCCUACGUCCGCAGCCCCCAAUCCGAGUCGCAACUCAACGCAGACCGUGUCAUCGUCGGCGACUUCUCCGACUUUGAAAAAGUCAAGGCCGCCAGCGCAGAGCACGACAUCGCCGUCAACGCUGGAAACUCCUUUACCGCUGAUCCAGUCGCUGCUAUUAUCGCUGGUCAAAAGUCUCGCGAUACCAAGGGUAAAGUGAUCCAUAUCAGCGGCGGGGGAAACUUUAUCGACUUUGGAACUUCGGGAAGCUUUAACCCUGAGAGUAAGGUCUGGAACGACGCGAAUGAGGAUGAUAUCAAGGCUAUCCAUAAGGAGAUGUUCAAUGGACAGUCUGAUACGCUUGUUCUUGAGGCUGGGAAUGGGGAUGAUGGCAUUGACACUUACAUCGUUUGUCCUUCAGUUGUCUAUGGUGGCGCGAGUAUUUCGUCGCCUAUUUUGGGCGUGGGAUAUAAGCUUAUUACUGGAAACGCCAAGCCUCUGGGCUACGUUCCCUACGUCGGCGACGGAACAGCCGUUUUGAGCACAUGCCACAUUCUAGACCUCGUCGACUUCCUCGUCAAGAUCUCCGACAUUGCAGCCCAAGGCCCCGCAGAGGGCUCUCCAUACAGCCGCUUCUAUAUGCUGGAAACUAGCCGAGUUGCAUGGAAGGAUCUGGCUACUGAGCUUGCCAAGAUGAUGCAUGCGCGAGGUAUCUUCUCAAACCCUGCGCCCAAGAGUGUUGAGUUUGAACAGGCUGGUGAGGGAGAAGUCAAGUAUCUUGUUGGCUCGAACAUGCUCAUGAAGGGCGAUCGCGCAUCUGCGAUUGGAUUCAAGGCGAAACAUCCUAGUAUUCUGACACAGAUUCAUGAGGAUCUGAAGGAAUUGCCUAUCUAAGCCACCUGCUCUAUGUUGGCGACUCGCGACUCUAAUGAUUUGAUUGUCGUGUAUCGAUAGUUAUCCUCCAUUGAAUAGAUCUUUUUUUGCAUCACCGGACUGAGU